AUGAAGAAGCUCUCCUUCUUCCUCAUCUUGCUGCUAGCCGCAGCCGCAGCUGUUCGUGGCGACGACGGCACACACACCGAUUUGGCCUGCGCGCUUGUCAGCACUCUGAUCGUGCAGAGCACCGUCUCGCUCCUCUACCAGUUUGACUGGGCAUACAUCGGCGUGAACAUCGGCACGGCCAUGUCAUCGGUGCCAGCUCCGUCCCAGAUCACGACGCUGCUCCGGUCGCAGAACAUCCGCCACAUCCGGCUCUACGACGCGGACCAGGCGAUGCUGUCGGCGCUGGCCAACACGGGCAUCCGCGUCAUCGUCUCCGUGCCCAACGACCAGCUCCUGGGCAUCGGCCAGUCCAACGCCACGGCGGCGCGGUGGAUCGCCCGCAACGUCGCCGCCCACUUCCCGCUGGUGAACAUCACGGCCAUCGCCGUGGGCUCCGAGGUGCUCUCCACGCUGCCCAACGCGGCGCCGCUCCUCAUGCCCGCCGUGCGCUACCUCCAGAACGCGCUCGUCGCCGCGGCGCUCGACCGCUACAUCAAGGUCUCCACGCCGCACUCCUCCUCCAUCAUCCUCGACUCCUUCCCGCCCUCCCAGGCCUUCUUCAACCGCUCCCUCGACCCGGUCCUCGUCCCGCUGCUCAAGUUCCUGCAGUCCACCGGCGCGCCCCUCAUGCUCAACGUCUACCCCUACUACGACUACAUGCGCUCCAACGGGGUCAUCCCGCUCGACUACGCGCUGUUCCGCCCGCUCCCGCCCAACAAGGAGGCCGUCGACGCCAACACGCUGCUGCACUACACCAACGUCUUCGACGCCGUGGUCGACGCCGCCUACUUCGCCAUGGCCUACCUCAACGUCACCAACGUCCCCGUCAUGGUCACCGAGACCGGCUGGCCGCACAAGGGCGACGCGUCCGCCGAGCCCGACGCCAACGCCGACAACGCCGACACCUACAACAGCAACCUCAUCCGCCACGUGAUGAACGUCACCGGCACGCCCAAGCACCCGGGCGUCGCCGUGCCCACCUACAUCUACGAGCUCUACGACGAGGACACCCGCCCCGGGACCGCGUCCGAGAAGUACUGGGGCCUCUUCGACAUGAACGGCGUCCCGGCCUACGCGCUGCACCUAACCGGCUCCGGCGUGCUGCUCGCCAACGACACCACCAACCAGACCUACUGCGUCGCAAGGGACGGCGCCGACGAGAAGAUGCUCCAGGCCGCACUCGACUGGGCGUGUGGCCCCGGGAAGGUGGACUGCUCCGUGCUCACCCAGGGCCAGCCGUGCUAUGACCCGGACACCGUCCAGGAUCACGCGACGUACGCCUUCAACGCCUACUACCAUGGGAUGGGGAUGGGAUCUGGGACCUGCUACUUCUCCGGAGUCGCCGUCAUCACCACCACCGAUCCGAGCCAUGGGCCUUGUGUUUACAGUGGGAAGAACGGCAGCGCGCUGCUGAACGGGACCUCGCUGGCGCCGUCAACCAACUCAACGGUAUCCGGCUCCGGGCGGACAUUCGGCGACGUCUCGUCAUUCGUCCGGUCCGUCGUCACCACGCUGCUCUUGAGCGUCGUCGUUCUGUUGUAGGAUCCAUCAGUUAGCAGUAGGAAGUCAGGCAUCAGGCAGGCAGGCACGGAGCAGAGUAGUUGCUCGUGAGAGGAUUCAUUUUGUUGUGUCAAGUGAGGUUGGCCUCGGUGCUACGUAGCUGUUAGGUAAUCCUUGUCAUUCCAAAUGGAACGAGACGUGGUUCUGUUGCUCGUACGAUGUGAGCUACUCUGGUAUUGGUUGGGGUUGGAUUGGA